UUUUCUCAGAUACCAAACAACUAUUAUUCUACUAACUCCUCACCCCUUGAGCCAUUUGCCUUCUAUAUACAUCAAGUUCAUAUAAUAACUACGGUCUCUUUCUCUCUCUUGUGGUUGAUAUUUCCAAUCUAUAUGACAUUCCAGUUUUGAGAAAACCGAUUUUUCACGCCACUGCAAUGGAGUUUUUCUUGAAAAUGAAAAGUAUGAUCGAAUAUGAUCCCAUAUUUUUUAUUUACUCUUCAAUAUCUCUAGACAAUCAACCUUCCAUGACUAUAUAUCUUUGUUGAAUUUCCACAUUUCUAAAGCAAUAAUGUAUCAAAAAUGUUCCUCCAUGUUAUGUAUUCUCACCUUAUUCACCACCAUUAAUUUAGUACUUUCCCAAAAUCCAAACAGUGAUUGCAUUCUAGAUAUUCAACUUUCCUCAUCAGGGAAUGGCUCAAAUUGCACACAAGGCAAUUGGGGCGGCUUUCUGAAUGACAAUUGUUGUGGAAAUGCUUUUGACGGGUAUCUUCAAGCUUUAGCACAGCGGGCCAACCAAACAGGACAAAUAUUCUUGAAUUCCACCGGGCAAAUUCAAUGCUUACUUUCAAUGAAGAGUGUCGAGGGCGAUGUUCUAAACUGUGGCAUCGAGAAGCUGAGCAGUGGAGCUGGUGGAUGCUCUGACUACUCUGUUCCAGAUGUUGUCAAUAAUCUUGGAAACAGGCUAACAACUUUUGAUGAAGAUUGCAAGAAUUUAGGUUUGGAUAACCAAUCGGAUAAACCGUGCAGCACAUGUUUGAGGAGUUGGGAAGAAAUGGGCGUGUCAUCAAACAAUAGCAGAGAUCCGGUUGUAGUUGAAGCUGACAUUUGCAGGUUUGCAGUGCUUGUGUCGUUGACAAGCAGUAGGAUUGGCAAUGAGAAAUGGAUCCAGGCAGUAUAUAAAUGCCUCGGAGAGAAAAGCCUUCCAAUUGGCAAUCCAGUUUCUUCUGCAAAUGGUCAAGGAGUUGGAGUAAAAAAGAAGGCCAACACAGGUCUAUGGAUUCUGAUUGGAGGAGGUAUUGUGGGGAUUAUCGUUAUUGUGAUUGUUGCAUCGUGGAUCUUGUUUAGGAAAUCUAUAAAACCACGAUUCUUCAAACAAAAAUCUGCAUCAAGUUAUUUACUAGCUGAUGAAUCCAGCAGUCAGAAGAUACCAAUUAAGGAAGUUUAUGCUGCAACAAACAAUCUUAGUGAAUCAAACUUCAUUGGACAAGGAAUAGCUGGGAAGGUGUACAAAGGCAUUCUAUCAAAUGGUCAGCAUGUUGCAGUUAAGCACAUACUCAACGAUGGACAAAUGGAGACAUUUGUCCGGGAAGUUAGAAGCCUAUCUCAUGUCAGACAUCCGAACCUCGUAGCUUUGUUGGGACAUUGUGAGGGAGAAGAUGAGUGUUUUCUAGUUUAUGAGCUUUGUCACAAGGGGAACCUCUCAGGGUGGCUAUUUGGUAAAGAUAAGAUUUUGUUUUGGAGCCAAAGACUUGAGAUCGCUGUUGAUUGUGCUAGGGGUCUCUGGUUUCUCCACACAUACCCCGAAGGUGCCAUUAUACACCGAGAUAUUAAGCCAACAAACAUUCUCAUCUGUAGUAACUUUCGAGGGAAACUGUCUGACUUUGGAUUAUCUAAAGUGAUGAACAUGGGCCAAUCCUUUGUGAGCUCAGAAGUGAGAGGAACAUUUGGUUAUGUGGAUCCUGAGUACCGAAAGAACCACCGUGUUAAUUCCUCCGGUGAUGUUUACAGUUUCGGAAUAGUACUUCUCCAAAUCCUCUCCGGGCAGCGGGUAAUCAAUUUGGAUUUGAACAAACCAAUGCCUAUUGAGAAACUGGCAAAAUUUCUCACAAGGGGUGGGAAAAUAACAGAAUUUGCUGAUCCUAAACUCAACGGGGAGUACUCGGUUGAAGCUUUUGAGCUCGUAUUCAAGUUGGCUUUGUCGUGUACCGGAAUUAAGCAGCAACGACCGUCCAUGGAACAAGUGGUUGAAAGAUUAGAGAAGGCUCUAGAGAUUUCAUCAAUGGUGAAGCUUCUUGUUCCCUAAUUUCAGAGAACGGUAAGGCUGCCUUACAUCUCGAUCCUUCUCAAUCCCUUAGUGACAAGAAUCUCGUGCACGGCGACUGUUCAUCAAUGGGAAGCUUUUUAGCAACCAUACAUGAUAUGAUUGUUGUUAGCAUGAAAGAAUGAGUUUGUGUACUAAACUUCAUUUGAAAAACAGAAAAAACAGAACCAGAACCGGCAAGCACUAUGAAUCAGCUUGUGGGAAAAAAGAGACAAAAUACACUGUUAGUCCCUAUAUUUUGUCUCUGGUGUCAUUUUAAUUUAUAUACUUUCAAUUGGAUUGAUUUUAAACUUUAAUUUUCACUUUGUUUCAAAUUGGUCCAAUUAAUUCUAAAUGUUGGCAAUUUCAAUGAUAAAUUCGCGCAUGAAUAACUUGAUAAAUAAAAUUAUAAACAUGAUAAAUUCAGUGACUUAACACCGAUCAAUUUAGUGAAAUUUUUUUGUCCAAAACCUUAAUAGUGUUAUCAAUUGGACAAUUAAGAAUUAGAAUUGAAUCAAUUAAAACUAUAAGAAUUAAAAUGACUCAAGCGGCAAAAUGUAAGGGACUGCAGGUGAAGCUUUACAAUGGUGGUUGCUUUUGUUGGUGAUGAAAUUUUUACACCAAAACACGAUCUUAUUGCUAUUGAACUGAGAAAAAAGUAUCAUGAUUACAACUGUAUAUAAUUUUGUACAAUGCUUCAUCAAAAAAACAGAAGCUGCACAAGUAAAAAUUAGCUCUUGAAAAAAAAAA